AAAACAUAGAUAAAAAAGAAAUAAGAAGCCGGCUGAGCCGCACCAGCUUAUUCUCUAACAAAGUAAGCCGAACUACAUUUGUAAGUUUGUUAUAUAAACACAUAAGGCGCUUUAAGCAUGAUAUCAACAAACUCUGAUUCCUCUAACCGUCUUUUCUGCUUUUUUACACUUCUUCAAUGGGCGUCGUACGGACGGAUGAGAGCCGGAGAUCUGAGAUCGAAGAGUUCCGCCGGAUGCUACUAUCCUGUUCCGCCGUCGUCCUCAAAGUCACCACGGAAGACGACAGCAAUCACCGGCGAGUAACCGCCGCUAACCGAAACGAACACGCAGUAGAUCAGAUGCUCGUUUGCGUCACCAGCGGUGUCUCGUUCCUCGGUAUAGCUAUUGUGAAACAGCUUCUGAUCAGAGGCUAUGCCGUUCGGAUCAUCGUCGAUAACGAAGAAGACAUAGUGCGGCUGAGGGAGAUCGAAAAUUCAGGCGAGAUUGAAGGAUCAACGAGAGCCACAAACAACAAUCUGAUAGGAGUUGUUGUGGCAAAAUUCGACGAUCGCAGAAGCUUAAUUGAAGCGUUUGAUGGAUGCUGUGCGGUAUUUCACACCACCGCUUUCAUUGAUCCAAGCGGAUUGUCUGGUUACUCGAAAUCGAUGGUGGAAAUAGAAGCAAGGGCCGCGGAAAAUGUAGCAGAGGCUUGCGCAGCAACUCCCUCUGUUAGGAACUAUGUGCUUACAUCUUCUCUAUUGGCAUGCAUAUGGAGAGAUGGUUCCAAUGGCAGCCUCCCUACAGUAGUAGACCACAAUAGCUGGAGUGAUGAAUCCUGUUGCAGUAGCAAAAAGUUAUGGUAUGCAUUGGGUAAGCUAAAAGCCGAACGAGUGUCAUGGCGGAUAGCCGAGGAAAAGGGGUUGAAGUUGACCACAAUAUGCUCGGGUCUUAUCACCGGCCCUCGUUACUUCUGUACAAAUCCAUCAUCCACCAUAGCAUACCUUAAAGGUGGUAAAGAUAUGUAUGCACAUGGUUUACUGGCAACAGUUGAUGUUAAUAAAUUAGCUGAUGCACAUGUAAAGGUAUACGAGGAAAUGCACAAAACUGGUGGUGGACGAUACGUUUGUUUUGACAACGUUAUUGGUAGCCCAGAAGAGGUUCAAAGACUAGAACAAGAGACAGGAGUUUACAUAGACACGAGUUCACACGAUGCCACAUUUAGAUUUGAGUUGUCAAAUAGAAAGCUUGAUAGAUUAAUGUCCCAAACGCACAGAUGCAUGAAUGUAUGUUAGCUAGCACGUCGAUUAUAAGAUUUUGACCGAUAAGAUGCGGGUUUAUCAUGGUAAAGGGGCGUUGGAACA